AUGCAGUUUCUAAUAUUUUCUCUUUUUCAAAUCAGCACAACAGAUUUGUCCUGGACUGUAAAGACAAAGAGCCUGAUGUACUAUUUGUGGGCGACUCCAUGGUGCAGUUGAUGCAGCAAUAUGAGAUAUGGCGAGAGCUUUUUUCCCCACUUCAUGCACUGAAUUUUGGUAUUGGGGGAGAUACAACAAGACAUGUUUUAUGGAGACUAAAGAAUGGAGAACUGGAGAACAUUAAACCUAAGGUCAUUGUUGUCUGGGUAGGAACAAACAACCAUGAAAAUACAGCAGAAGAAGUAGCAGGUGGGAUUGAGGCCAGAAAAACAAAUGAAUCUUCUCAUUUUAUGUUCUCUGCUCUGUCCCAGGGUUUGUUACCUCGAGGUGAGAAGCCCAAUCCUUUGAGGCAAAAGAACGCCAAGGUGAACCAGCUUCUCAAGGUUUCCCUGCCGAAGCUUACCAAUGUGCAGCUCCUGGAUAUAGAUGGGGGCUUCGUGCACUCGGACGGUGCCAUCUCCUGCCAUGACAUGUUUGAUUUUCUGCAUCUCACAGGAGGAGGCUAUGCAAAGAUCUGCAAACCCCUCCAUGAACUGAUCAUGCAGUUGUUGGAGGAAACACCUGAGGAGAAGCAAACCACCAUUGCCUGACUGGCUCCCAUCAGUGUUAAUAGCAUCCCAGCUUCCUCAGAUCAGUUAUGUCACUGGCACUACAGAAUCCUUCUCUUUCUUAAGGCACUUUGCAUUGUAGAAUGUUCCUGGAUGUUCAUAUCUAGUGUUUGAAGGGGAGGAGGGAUUUAAACUGGUCCUGUACAUAAAAGGUUUGUUUGAGACAGGAGAAAAAUUAGCCAAGGAAGAUUGUUGUUUAAAUUCAUUUGUAACUAGAAGCGGACUUUUUAGUUGUAUGUGUGACAUAUUUUUUGAAUUAUCACUGUUUUUCCUAGGACAACAGCAAGCAUAAGUACUGAACAAUAUGAAGAUUUUUUUUGGCCUUUCUAUGGAUUAUGUCAUAUAUAAUAAUCAGAAUCACACCUACUUGGCUUUAAAACAGAUGUUUUCUUCUAAUUUUUAAGGUUCAUAAUUUAGUCUUUUGCUUUUAUUUUGCUUUCAUAUGUAUCCUCAAUAUUUUCUUAAUAUUUAGCAUCAGAGUGAACAUGCUUUGUCAUUCAAAUAUGGGAGACACUAUAGUUAUAUGUGAAUUUGUCCCACUUUCUUAAUCUUUCCUAUGCUAAGCAGUGAAAAAACAGGUUUUGCCCCAUUCGGGGACUCUUUAGAGGGUAUUAUUUUUAUGCUGCUGAAUAUCAUGUCUGUAGUAGACCCAUGCAUGCAGCCUUUCCUCCGUUUUCUUCUUCAUCCUCCCGUAUGCCACCUCACCCCAUCUUUUUUUCUUUUUCUUGGUCCUUGUUGACAUUACAAACUUUUAUCGCAUUUUUGACCUAGGAGCUCUGUUGCUGGAAGUAUACAUCCCAGCCAGUUACUCUCAUAAUAUUACCGAUAUAGAACUCAUUCUUGUGUAGUGGUCUGUGUUCUAGAGUCUGUGUAGUGCUAUCCAUAUUCAGAGUUCUGGUUUGUUUUCUUUUUCCCUUAAAACCUGUUAUAGUUUCCCUUUUUUAGAAAAAACAAAAUCAGAACUCUGUUCCCCAUUCCAUAGUGUCUGGCAUCAUUUCAAGUUUUACGAUAUCUUAAGAUAUAUAUUUUAUUUCUUUUUAUUGUCUUAGUGUUUAAAUUUUAUCAAUCCCCAGAAAAUUUGGCCUUUUCCCGUGGGGAAGCUGCUCUUUAGAACAUUCUACUUCUGUUCCACCAUUUUAGUGAAAAAGAACUAGGUUAGUUUAACUUUUAAGGUUUCUCAUUAAUGUAUCUUCUUCUUACACUUUCUUUCAAGAGAACUCUUUAUAAUCUUAAUGUUUGCUUGAGCAACACAAACUGCCAUUUAGAAAAAUAAUGAGAUAAUAGAUGGCUUAUUGUUCAGUAUACCUAUGGAAUGUGUGCAAACCGGGUCUACAAAUAGAUAUUUUGAACUGGACCAGAUGGGUAUUGAAGUAACCCAUCAAAAUGUGCUCUGCAGUGAGCUUAAUGUUCAAGUUCAGUAAGUGAGGUAAUAUGUUUUAUGUGCUGUUUGCAAAGCAAAUGGCUGUGCUUUUGUAGUUGGAGGAAGGGGUUGCUGAUUGCUACUAAGACCUACUUCUGAUUGAGAAGGGUAGAACUUGGGCUGUUUUUUUUUUUUUUUUUGGUCAACCUCUUUCUAGAAAUGUUUUUGUUUUUUGUCUUUUUAAAAAAAUGCUUUUUUUGAAUGUAUCAUGUCUUCAUUAACAGAAAAUACAGGUGGUGUUUACUAAACUUGUUUACUAUACUAUAAUUUCCUUUUUAUUUUUAGUAGCCCAGGUUCCCGAGUUUUUCAAGACAGAUUUAUUCUCAACUGAGAUGUAGUUGUUUAUAGGAAGGAGAAUUAAGCCAGAAUUUUGUGUGUGAAAAGAGUUUCCUAUCCAGGUCUUUUUCUCUUUGUCCAAGGAUGGGAGUACGGCCCAGAUAAACCCAUUAGGUUACUCCUGCAGCAUGCGCUUCUAGCUUCUCUCUUGACUGAGAAUCAAAUAAUCCCUUUGUGAGCUGGCUGUCAGCUCCUUGGCUUAUGUGUACAUGUAGAAACCUCAGAUAUAAAACCUGCAUUUUAUAUCUACCAGAGCUAUUCAAGCAAUAGUAUUUGAACCACUAGCCUUUUAAAUAAAAUUCUGCCCCAUUACUAAUGAGCAGAUACCGAGUUCACUUUCAUUUCUUGUAUUUCUUUGUACUGCUUUAAGCAAAAAGUGUUAAUAUAUUUUUUUGAUUGACAUCCACUUUGCUUCAGUGACAACUAUACUGAUUAGUCUUUGUACUUUUUAAAAAAAAUCUGUAAAUUUAAUACAUUGUCCAAGUUAAAUGUCCUAGUUGUCAUUGUGAUUAAGGGGCCAACUUUACAGGCAGCUAGCAGAGACAUUAUUCUGUUCCUCUCCCAGCAAAUUUUAAUUCCUUUGCCCACACAUUCCUGCUACACUAGAUGGUAGCCAGUGAUGAAACUAAAGAUGUCUGUGGACGUAUCUUGAAUGUGGCAGGUUGAAGAUACACUUCCUACACUGCCAAGGGUGAUUUAGGAGAUGUUGUCUUUAUGUCCUCAUAUUCUAGAUUGCCAUAGGCAGCGUUUGGGCCACCACCUUGGGUCUUUUUGGACUAUUGAAGGCAUCUGCCUAAGCCUGAAACCUUUUGUCAUAAACCUUAACCUGACACAAGAAGUCUUGAGUAGCUCAUGCCCUGCUCUUAAGAAUUGUCUCGUUAAAAAAAAAAAUAGUUCAAACUGUCUUUUUUUAUUUUUUUAACCUAGUCACUGUUUACAGUUGUAUGCUAAAGCCUGAAAUAUUGUCUGUGCUGUGGUGUAUGAGCAUUGCCAAUUUUAUAUUUAUUGCAGUGAAGAAGAAACUAAAAAUAUAUGAAAAUGAGGAGCAUGUCCAAGCUCCUAACUUUUGUGUGGGUGCAUGUGGGAGAAGUGAGUUGGGGCCUCUUGAAAGGAGGCAUUUUGGAGAGGGGUCCCCCAGGCUUCUUCUUGGUGUUCCUGCUUGGGGAUCACUGCUGCUAGCUGACUGGACCUCCCCAACGAAAGUUUGUGAUUCUGCUUUGGCAAAGUUUCAUUGACAGUAGAACUCAUUCUGUUUUAGUGUAUAUUUCAAUAUAAAUGUAAACAUCUCGCUCAAA